AUGGCGACCAGAACCGGGAACGCCUCGAUCGCUCUCGCCACCGACGUAUUGAUCAAUGACACUCUGAGCGCCAAUUUCACUCCGUCAACAUGGUCACUCGACAGCAUCCAGAUCAACAAUGUCACAUCCUGGGCGACUCAGCUAACUUUGAUGCUCAUCACAGCCCUCUUCCCGAUUUACAUCGCCUCACAUGCUGCUCUCACACGCCCGACAUCAGCCGCACGAAGAAAGCGACCUGACAAGGGUACUUCGAAAGACGAUCAGGACGAAGAGGAUGACGACGAACAAGACGUCAACCCCGAUGAUCUCCGUUCGGCAUCAGACGCGAUCGUUCUGCCAAUAGUCGCAGCUAUCGUGCUGGGAUCAUUGUACUAUGCACUGAAAUACAUGGAGAACGGCAUAAAGAAGACGUUAAAGGGCUACUUCGCGCUGACAUCCAUCAUGGCGACCGCUGCACUGCUUGGCGACAUGUUCCGGAAUGUUGCUUCAUUCAUAUUCCCGUCAACCUACUCCAUCGGCUCAGACACAGCCACAUUCGACUCUACUUUAAAGCAGUACAUCCUCUCGACCCCACAAAGCCCCGACCGUCAGAAACACAUCACCUCACCCCUCCCCGGCCGCAUUCGCCACAUUCCCCUACCAGCACCCCUCCGCUCCACCAUAAACCGCCUCCGAAGCGCAGCUCUCACAAAAGCAACAAUCACCCUCCACGCCCGAUGGCUCGGCACAGCUCAGUUCAAAGCCACACUCCUGGACACCAUCGCCCUGGCAACAUCCCUAGCCAUCGCCCUGUACCAAGCCUUCCUCCCAUCCCCAUGGCAGCUAACAAACCUCGUCGCAUUCGGCUUCGCCUACUUCCUCAUCAUCACCGUCCAGCAAACCGCCCCCGCCACAGCAAAGGACACCUCACUCCUGCUCCUCGCCUUCUUGGUCUACGAUCUCAUCAUGGUCUUCUACACUCCCCUCAUGAUCGGGGUAGCGAAGCAUCUGAAGGAUUCUCCGAAUAUGUUGGCGAUACCGAAAGGUGAUGGGAGCAUGGCGCAGUUGGGGCUGGGGGAUGUGGGGUUGCCGGGGAUGUUGAUGGCUUUUGCGCUGCAGUUUGAUUUGUAUGUGCAUUAUUACAAGCAACAAAAGCCGGCGGAGAAAGAGGGGGAGAAAGCGACCAAGGCAGAGUACAAGCCCGUCACUGGUGGGUGGGGCGAGCGAUUCUGGACGACCAAAGCCGCGAGGCCGGAGGGGUUGAAAGCGAAAUCGUUUCCGAAGCCGUAUUUCUACGCUACGAUCGUGGGGUAUUCGAUUGGGUUGACGGUCUGUAUGAUCAUCCUGGAGGUGUUCAAGCAUGGUCAGCCAGCACUUAUCUACCUUGUACCAGGCGUGUUGGGCGGACUAUGGGGCACGGCUUGGGUGAAGGGGGAGAUGAGAUUGUUGUGGGAUUAUUCGGUUAGUGAUAAUAAGUCUACCCAGACUGGAUCGUGCCCUGCCAAAGGACCUGGCAAAAAAGUCAAGCCUGACCUGAAUCUUAUCCCCAAUCCGCUGGUGGACAAUGACGCUGAUACCUAUCUGCCGCAGCCCGUCGAACAAGACGAGAAGAAGGCCGACGAUGAGAAGACCCCAGAUACGACCGACAAAAAGGCAGAGAUCCAGGCGCCCGAGACCACCGACGCAGUGUCAGAGGACAACGAGAAGAAGACCGACGACAAGUCUACUCCAGCCGAACAGGUCAACGACGAGAAGAAGGACAAAGAGAAGUCAACGGGAGGGAAGAAGGAGAAGGCCUCAUCCGAAGUCGCACUUACACCAGAAUUACAAGCCAUCGCGGAUCAGCACCUCGUGUAUGUGGCUGUAAAGUUACCUGUGUCGAUGAAGGAGCAAGCUACUACUGGCCCUUGA